UAUCAACAACAACUGUUUUUGUUUAUGUGGACCUAGAAUGAAGGAAUUUAGUCGUCUGGUUGAAGAUUUUGCUUUUAAAAUUUUAAAAACGAAAGAUUAUGCUAAAAUGUUCCUGUGGAUACCAAAAGUAAUGUUUCGACAAAUUUUCAUGUGGCCUAAACAGAAAACCUACAGCAUCAAGUCGUUUUUCUUUUGUUUAAUCUCAAUUUCGCUUACGAUUUUUUCUCUAAUUGGAAUGGUCAAUGAUUUAGAGUAUGAUUUUGGCACAAAACACAUAAAUACGUUUAAUAUUGUUAUUCAAAUUGGCUAUUUACAAGUAGGUAAUCUAUUUUUCUUUAUUAUUAAUGUAUAAUGUUAAUGGAAC